GGUGCAGAGCACGCCGCCCCCGGUGCGGAGCAUGUCUCCGGCGCCGCAAUCGUACGCCUACAUCGGCCCCGUCGCGCGGGGGCGCAGCGACUCCCCGCCGAGACGGUACGUGCAGCAGGGCGGCGCCCCGCCCGCCGGAGGCGACCCGCCGCCCGCGGCGCAGCUGCAGCAGCAGUGCGCCGCCCGGGCGGGGGCCCCGCGCCGCGCCGCGCCGGGGUAUCAGCAGCAGCUCGCCGGCCAGGGCCCGCAGCCAGGCCUCGCCUCGCCGACGGCGCCGCCGCUCCAGCCGCAGCAGCAGUACAUGCAGCCCACUGGGUGGACUUCUCCCAAGGUGAGCUACACGCCGCCGCCGCGGCAGCCGGGCCACUCGCCGCCCCCGCUGCAGCUGAGCUACACGCCGCCAUCGCAGCGGGCGAGCUACACGCCGCCGCCGCAGCAGUUCCAGCCGCCGCCGCGGAAGGGGGCAUCGACGCCGCUGGCGAGCGGCAUGCGGUCGCCCCUGACGGCGAGCUCCGGGUCGCUGCGGCCUGCGAGCGCCGGCACGCUGACGACCUACGAGCAGCGGUACCCGCCUAGCGCCACCUCGCCGCUGAGGCUGCCGCUGCAGAGCCACAGCCAGACCUCCCUCCCGGCCCUGCCGCUCAGCCUCGGGAGCAGCGACGCGGAC